AUGCGCCUCUUGCCUUGCAACUUGGAUGCAUUUGAUUUGAUCCCCUCCCCCCGUCCCUACGCGGCCUGUGGGGUAUCAUCAAGAAGCAGAAGAAGAAGAAGAAGAAGAGAAGACGAGGCUGCCGCUGCCACCAUCUUUGUCGGCUGGCUGGCUCCGAGAGAGACCCACCUCGCCUCCUCUUCCUCCCUCUGGUCCCCGCUCCCGGGGAGCACCCCUUUUAGUGCAAGAUUCAAUCUGCUCCUGCUCCGCUCCUGCUCUUGCUCCUCCUCGCCCCGCAGAUUCGCCUCCCUCCUCCUCCUCGCGCGGCGGUUCUUGAUCCGCUCCGGUCCGGUCCUGCCGUGCGCCGCUGCUCCGGGUCCGGCCAAAGGCUGCUGCUUGCUUGCGGGGUCCGUGGCGGCGGGCGGCUGGCUGCGUUCCGGCGGCGGCGGCUCGAUCUGCGCCGGGGCUCAGAUUUGA